CGUGCCCAAUGACUUUCAACGUGCUCAAGCCAAAGAGGCGCACAUUGGUCGGGAAACCUGGGUGGGUAGCUAACGAUGAGCUAGCUAGUCCACGCAGACUGGGAAGUGUCAAAUUCUCUGAACCCUGCCGGUUAGCUUGAUUUCGAUAUACGACUAUGAAAUAACGUUGACUUUUGGCAACACAAGUGCACCGAUAUUGGAGUGAGCAGUAAUGAGGCAGGAGGAUUGAAGGAAGAAGCAGGUGUCCUUGUGGUGCAUUGUGAGACAGCAGUCAGGAGGAGGACAGGAUGCUGGAGGUAGAGGAGUCAGGCCCAACGGGGGCUGAGGGAGAUGAGGAGAUGGAGCUGUGUGGCGGUGACCUGAGAGUGGAGGUGAUGAGGCUGAAUUUGGAGCUCCAGGAGGCCAACGAGGAGAAACUGCAGGCGGCCCGGUAUGGCCUGGUGGUGCUAGAGGAGAGCGCCGAACUGAAGAAGAAGCACACCCAGCUGGAGGAGGAGCAUGAGACUCUCAAACAUGAGCUGCAGCAGCUAAAAGAGGCUCUGUCAGACUCUGUGACCUGCCACAAGCGUGCAACAGCAUAUGGGGAGACCCGCGAGGAGUGCCUGUUGGAGGAGACUGCCAGCAAGGAGGCUGCCAUGGCAACCAGCAUGGCUGAGUUGCAGGCCGAGUUACGGCAGGCGCGCCUCGCUCUGGGCAACGCUCACGCUGAGAUAGACCGACAGGCCGGCCUCUCCUCCCAGCUGAAGAAGGAGUGUGAGUGUUCAGAGCUGGAGAAGGGCCACAUCAGGAAUGAGAUGAAGGAGUAUAAGGUGCGGGAGCUCCGUCAGCUCCAGGACAACAGUGAGCUGGAGGAGGAGAACACCUGUCUGCAGAAACAGGUGUCUGUACUCAAGGAGAACCAGGUGGAGUUCGAGGCGGUGAAGCUGGAGCUCACCCACAAGGAGGAGCAAGACGACGUUCUCCGGGCCCAGCUGGAGGAGGCGGCGCAGCUAAGGGAGAUCGCCGAGCGUCAGCUGGACGAGGCCCUGGAGGCCCUCAAGGAGGAGCGGGAGCAGAAGAACACCCUGAGGAGGGAGCUCUCGGCCCUAUCCCUCAACCCCUUCGACUCGGUCACACACCUGGAGAUGCAGCUGGAUGACAGUGGGGACAGCGGAGGGGACCGGGAGCAAGAAAAGGAUAGCGGUUGCAACGACGGCCCUGGGUCUGGUUGCGCUCCUCCUAACCCCAAGGCUAAUGGGCACGUCCAGCGCUACUCCACCCCCAGGAACAGUGACGUGUUCCUGAGGCCUGCCCCUGGCCUGGUGUCUGACCUGCUCAGCGAGUUGCACCUCUCUGACGGACAGAAACUCAAACAGCAACUCAUGCAGGCUGAGCGGGAUAAGACUGGUCUGGCUAACACGGUUCAGGACCUCCAGAGGCAGUUGGAGCUGUCCCAGCAGGCCUUCAGUGAGCAGGAAGACAAGGUGGGCUCCCUGACCCAGCAGCUGGAGGCCGUGCAGCUGCAGAAACACAUCCUGCCCCAGGGGAAGGCAGCGGGAGACCAGGGGGCCGGGAGCACCAGGACCCUGGAGAACAGGUUGGCUGACUACGACUAUGAGCUGGACGUGAAGAGCACAGAGGUGCUGGAGGCCCGGAUGAAGGCGGCCGGCGAGGAGCUGCUGAAGCUGCGUGAGGAGCUGUCCCAGGCGGGGAAACGUUACUCGGCCCUGGAGCAGCGCUGCCGGCAGGAGAAGGAGCGGUGGAGGGGAGAGGCCCAUGAGCUGGCUGAGAAGAUCCGCCAGUGCAUCAAGUCCAGCCGGCAAGACCAGGAGCGCAUCAGCGAGCUGGAGAAGGAGAUCGGCGUGACGAGGAAAGUGGCUACUGAUUCUGAGGGUCAUCUCAGCGUGGCACAGGAGGAGCUGCUGGCCUUCUCUGAGGAGCUGGCCAACCUCUACCACCACAUCUGUGUGUGCAACAACCUCACGCCCAAACGCGUCACCCUGGACUACUACCGCGACGGGGCCAGGGGCCAGUCAGGGGGUGGAGGGAAGUCCAACCACCUGCACCCCCAUCCCCAUCACGGACGUAACAAGCGACGCUCCAAUGAGUUGUUUGCGAAGGCAGUGCACGGAGGGGAUGGAGACAGCAGGCCUGGUACUCCCCAGGAUUCCCGUGACAACUCCCCCACGCCACGCUGCUCCUCCCCCGCCCAAGUCUGCCCCAGCUCCCCCACCAUGGACUUCAGGGACCCCUCCAACGUCCGCAACCUGGUGGCUGUCAUCCGCUGCCAGAUCAAACACCUCCAGGUCGCGGUGGAUUUGUGUCGCCAGAGGGGCACGUUGCCCUAUUCGGGAGGGAUCAGCUGCGGAGGGGAGCUGGAAAGCGAGGCCCUCAUGGAGGAGGUGCUGAAGCUCAAGUCUCUCCUCAGCACCAAGAGAGAGCAGAUCGCCACUCUGAGGACGGUCCUCAAAGCCAACAAACAGACGGCAGAGUUGGCUCUGAGCAACCUGAAGACCAAGUACGAGACGGAGAAGAGCAUGGUGUCCGAGACUAUGGUGAAGCUGAGGAACGAGCUUAAGGCCCUGAAGGAGGACGCUGCCACCUUCUCUUCACUGAGGGUCAUGUUCACCAGCAGGUGUGACCAGUAUGUCACCCAGCUGGACGAGAUGCAGAGGCAGUUAGCGGUGGCGGAGGAUGAGAAGAAGACCCUGAACUCCCUGCUCCGCAUGGCCAUCCAGCAGAAGCUGGCCCUGACCCAGCGCCUGGAGGACCUGGAGGCCCCUCUGUCCCCCCACGGCCUCGGCAGCAGCCCCCGCCGCACCAGGGCUAAGGAACUAGGCACCAAGACGGGCCGGAGCCCCCGCCGCAACAGCCCCCGCUCCAGCCCGGUGCUCACCAACAACGUGCCCAGCACCGCCACCCAUCACCUCCGAGCCCUCACCCGCAGCAUCCACACCAGCCCUCGGUGAAACCAGUCAGCCAUCAUGAUCACCCCAAUCCCCUGUGUUCUCCAUGUCGACCUCCUGGCGUCAUCAUUCCUCCCAAGACAUCCUCUUCAUCCCAGACCCAGUGGACUGGCUGCUCCGAACACAUCUCCCCACCUUCUGUAUCGACCAAAGAUGCCUACCUGCAUGCAACCAGUAAAGGACUGUAAAAGAAGCAAAAAAAGCUCAUUUUAUUUUCAUGAAGUAAAAGACUGUUUUCCUGACCGGCACAGUAUUAUCUACCCUUUAUUUGUCCUGCUGUCGAUGUGUAUUUAUGCAAGGUUCUAUAUUCCACUUUGAUGCUGCUGCAUGUCUUUUUAACACUAGUGAAGACUUUUAGCCUGGCAACAUGACAGGGAACGGGCUUCUCCCAGUGGUGUCAGACCGCAUCCCCCUUAGACAACUGCUGCUUAUAGCCUGACCACUAUCCCUACAUUAGUGCACUACUUUUGACCAGGGCUCAUAGGGAUUUGGUCGAAAGUAGGGCAGUAGGUAGGGAAUGGUGUGCCAUUCCGGACGUGCCCCAUAUCAACACAGGUUUCAUGGGCA